GUGUGAUCGCGCGAGUGAUAUUGAUUGAUUCUAGUAUAAAAUAGGCCGAAUAUUAUGAUAUUUUUGUAUUAUAAUAUGCUCAAUACGCGUAACUUCACGAAAUAGAACUAUAUUAAACAUGGACAGCGAAGACUGUAAAGGAUUUCUCAAGCACAUGAAAAAGCGGCCCGAUGGACUUAGCGUUGGAAAAAUAGACAAUACAGCACCUGUGAGAAAGAUAGUCGAUGAUACGUUAUACGUUAACCGACAAGCGUUCGUGUUUCUUCACUCGAAUCGACUUCCUCGGUAUUACGACGAGCACCGAACAAACAAGCACUUCCUGAACCCUGGGCACUUGCUGGCGGCUUUCCCGGACGACUGGGAUGGAGACCUAUCCCUCGACUUCUACCAACCAUUCCGAUACAAGUGUAUGCAACCAAAGAUGAUCACAAGUAUUGGCAAUAACAAUGAUAAAGAUCCUAUAGCUGAAUUUCUGAAAAUAAAACAGAAGUGGUAUGACGCAUUGGUGUGCCAGAGGUAUUCAGCCUUUAGGACUAAAGUACCGCUUUUAGAAUAUUUAAAAGAGCACAGCGAUGACAUCAUCUCAUGUCCGAAGCACAUUGUGGACAUGGCGAUGCACUGGGACAAUGACCCAGACCCGUACUUCAACAGUGCAUACAACUGGUACUAUGCUGGGAACGGAAACAUGCAGCUUGUGGUAAUUGAUGGCAAGGAGUACUUGAUGUGCAGUGAAAUCCAUGUCUGUAAUUUAUUUGAGUUCAAUAGGGAUGAAGUGACAUUCAAAAGGUGUUCAGUGGCAGCCUUUGAUUGUGGAGAAGGCAACAAUAUAUGCGAAAGUGUUUGCUCAUCACAAAACAUCAUAGCUUUAAGGACCAAGUAUAAAAUAUUUAUACUCAAAAUCGUCACAAUAGGUGAUGAGAUCGAAUUAGAACAGAUAGAAGUAUCUGAAUCGAAAACAGCAUAUACUGGCAUUUCAUUUGAUGAGUGUCAUAAAAAUAUAUUGUAUGUGACAGAUUUAAAUAACACAUUGAAAAUAGUCAAUAUAGACCGGCUAAGAGCAAGAACUGUUGAGUUGAAAAACUCAGUUAAAAGUUUAGUGAACAAUUGGAGCACCGUGGUCAGUAAUGAGCGCAUGUACUACACACACGUGUCUACGAGGGCUAUAACACUGUAUGACAAGCGAGUCAAUAAUUCUAUACGAAGAUGGAGCAACCCAGAUAGAGUAUCAGAUGAUGCGAUAUGCAGUCUCAUAAGCGCCGCCAAAUAUUCCUUGAGCGGGCCUUACCUCUACGUCGCCACUAACCAUAAUUUGCUUUUAAUGGAUAUGCGAUAUCAAAAGAAUUUAGCUCUGAAGCCCUUACAAAGGUGGACGCACGGAAUGCAAUCUUUUCCAUCUUACAUAUCAAUAAGUAGUUUUGAACGUGAUAAGGAAUUAAUCUGCUUGUCUAGUCAAUGGUGCGAAGAUACAUGUGUCGUGCCAAAUUACUUGCAGAGAGAAUGGACUGACCCAGAAUUCAAGGGAAUGACGAUACCUUAUCGUCUGCCUAGUAUAGUAGAGACAUUAAAAGAGGCUAAACUGAAACCGCAAUACACGGAUCUGUAUAAGUCUGUAGAUAACAGAUUGGUAACGGCGUUGUCGGGGAGCCUGUUGUUUGAAGACGGGGAGAAGUAUAUCGUGCUCUCUCAGAAUAGCCUUGGCGACGUGACGUCACACGUGCUGUACCCGGAUCACAUGUCUACUCCUGUGGACGACGCGCCGGAAGCCCUGAUUAAGUGGUGCGAAUGCUACGAUGAUGUGAAAAAGGACUUCAUGGUAACAUUUUAUAGGGACAUUAGCCCAAUUUGGAAGGUGCUAGAGAAAGUUCCGGAAGGUGAAUUGAAUAAGAAAUUUGAGAAUGAGACGACGAACUUUAGUGAGCAGGAAGUGCUUGACGCGUUCAAAAAUGAAGAAAUCGAGGAAUCGCUGUUAGAUGUGUGGAUGGAAAAUGAGGAAGGCGAAUCCAAAAUUCUUGAUAUUGAUAGUGAUGAUAAAUCCUCGUUGAGUUUGUCGCUAAAUAUAACGAAAGACGUUGAUUGAUAUUUAUAAGAAUCUUGACUGUGAUUUACUAAUAAAUUGAUUAAAUUAAGAAUUAGAAUUUGGCAUUGGA